CACAUAACUCGGGAAAGCAUAUUUUAAAUCUACGGAUUUAAUCACAAAGUCGCGCUAUUUUUACUUUUAUUCGAAAACACAAAGGUAACGUGAACGUCCCAUUGAGUCAGCAGGAAUAAAUACCACUUCCGGGUCACGACUGAACGACGUUGUUGAUCAAAGUUUUCUACGUUUCUGGCGUUUUUGCGUUGCCUUUUCACACAGCAGUGGAAGCAGAGAUACGGUGACGCGCCCUAAUGGGUGAAAUGAUGAAGCGUGUUCAGUCUCCGGUGAGUCGCCGGGAAGCUGCUCUUUGGUUGGAGCUCCGGGCGAGUGAGGAGAGCCGGGACUUGCGAGCCGCUGAAGCGAGCGCAGGAGGACGCGCAGGGGACAAGGGCAGACCAGAUAAGAGGCGAGGAUAACUGGACGCAGCAGCAGAAGGCAGGAUGGCUGAGGCUCAGCAGCAGCAGCAGCAGCAGCAGCAGCAGCAGCAGCAGCAGCAGUCGUCGGAGGAAGAGGAGCAGCCGAGCGCUGUGGGGACGCCGGAGCCGCAGGAGGAGCUCCAAGAGGAAGUGCGGGCUCCUCCGGCGCGCCCUCUUCUGUCCUCCCGCUCCAUGAGCCUCGUGGACGGCGACGACUCGCCCAACAUGAUCGUCUACAGAAAAAUUGAAGACAUCGUCACUCGAAUCCAGCACGAGACGGAGGGAGUCCAGAUCCGAACGGUGAAGAGCUUCAUGACCAAAAUCCCCAGUGUGGUCACCGGUGCUGACAUCGUCCAGUGGCUGAUGAAGAACCUGAACAUGGAGGAUCCAGCUGAGGCCAUGCACAUCGGGAGUCUGGUGGCCGCGCAGGGCUACUUCUUCCCCAUCUCCGACCACGUGCUCUCCCUCAAGGACGACGGCACCUUCUACCGCUUCCAGGCGCCGUACUUCUGGCCCUCCAACUGCUGGGAGCCGGAGAACACCGACUACGCCAUCUACCUGUGCAAGCGCACCAUGCAGAACAAGACUCGUCUGGAGCUGGCAGAUUACGAGGCGGAGAACUUGGCCCGGCUGCAGCGAGCCUUCGCCAGGAAGUGGGAGUUCAUCUACAUGCAGGCUGAAGCUCAGGUCAAGAUCGACAGGAAGAAAGACAAGACGGAGCGGAAGAUUCUGGACAGCCAGGAGAGGGCCUUCUGGGACGUGCACCGGCCGGUGCCCGGAUGUGUCAACACCACGGAGAUGGACAUCAGGAAGUGCCGGCGCAUGAAGAACCCUCACCGGGUCAAGAAGUCUGUGUACGGCCUGUCGGACGAGGGCUCCCAGUCUCAGAGCCCGGUCCACACCCCGUCACACCACUGCAGGAAGGGCACCAAGGAGGACGUGGAGAAGGAGAUCCUGUUCCUGAAUGCGCAGCUCGACCGUCACUGCAUGAAGAUGUCCAAAGUGGCUGAGAGUCUGAUCGGCUACACGGAGCAGUACAUGGAGUACGACCCCUUCCUGACCCCGCUGGAGCCCCCCAACCCCUGGACCAGUGACGACCCGGCGUCCUGGGACCUGGAGGGCAGCAAGGAGCCGAGUCAGCAGCGAGUCAAGAAGUGGGGCUUCUCCCUGGAGGAGGCGCUGAAGGACCCGGCGGGUCAGGACCUCUUCCUCAAGUUCCUGGAGUCUGAGUUCAGCUCGGAAAACCUGCGGUUCUGGCUGGCGGUCCAGGACCUGAAGCGGAUGCCGCAGCAGGACGUGGCCCAGCGGGCGGAGGAGAUCUGGGCGGAGUUCCUGGCCGAGGGGGCGCCGAGCUCCAUCAACCUGGACUCGCACAGCUAUGAGCGCACCAGUCAGAACCUGAAGGACCCGGGACGCUACAGCUACGAGGACGCUCAGGACCACAUCUACAAGCUGAUGAAGAGCGACAGCUACGCUCGAUUCCUGAGGUCCAACGUCUACCAGGACCUGCUGACGGCCCGCAAGAAGCCGGAGUCGGAGCAGGGACGCCGGACCUCGCUGGAGAAGUUCACUCGCAGUGUGGGCAAAUCUCUGACCGGGAAGAGGCUGACGGGUCUGAUGCAGUCGUCCUGACCCGUCCCAGGGUCAGAGAGAGAGAGAGAGGACUAGCUGCUGGGUGUUCCUGAGCGAGGUGGGUCCAGGCGCUGCGGACCACCACCAUGACUGAGAGCAUGCAAUAAGUCACGUGACCCGGCCCGGCCGCUGGGCCCAGAUGGUUGCCAGCACCAGGUGUGAACAUGGGAAUGCUUGAACGCCUUUAGCUUCAGAACGUAGCAGGAAGAGGGACGGAGGGACGGACGGGCAGUUUUAGACUUUAGGUCACUUCGGAACAUUCCACUGGAGCCAUGUUUACAGACCCGGGCCCGUCUGCACCUCAUGUAAAGAGUUCAAUAAACGAAUGCACAACCUCGAGUCUAUUUCCCCUGCUGGAGUCUCAGCAGCGAGCAGUCAGGUAAAGCUCACACACCUCCCUCUAGUGGACAACAGACGGUAGUACAGCCAAAACUGGAAUUCACAGGUCUGGUUACCACAAACUGGUGCAAUGGCGCCAUCUGCUGGACGAGUUUUGUACAACUGAAGUAACUCCAACGUAGGAAUGGGAUGGAAAUGACGACAGGACCAACGUGACGAUAUGAAACAUGAGUAUAAUUGUCCUCACACCGUGCACAACUCCGAGGUUGUUCAUCAGAGCGUGAACACAUGACACCAGGUUAGUCGACGGGAAAAGCUUCCUGUCUCCUCUCCAGUUCGGCCUCAUGACAGAGCUGCUCCACUUCCAGGUCACUGGGGACGGACAGACUCGAUUCUGUAAACACCACAACUGUUAAAACUGUGACGCUGCCGGUCCCCAACACCCGAGCAGGAAGUGACAUCACCGUGGCUGUGGGGAGGGGAGGAGGUCAGGCGGCGGGGCAGGACCCCGGCUGGACUCCCCUCAUCUCCGAGGCCUUGUUGAACUGGACCUCCAGGGUUUUGGAGGCUUUGGUGAUCCUCAGGUUCCUCAUGCAGCCUCGGAACGACCUGCUGCUGGAGAGCGCCACCUGGCGGACGCCAUCUGGAAAGCAAGGGGAAGCAGUGAGUCCUGUGUGCGCCACUCUUACACACGCACGCACGCACGCGCGCUCUCGCUGACCAACAAGAACCUGCACCUCCAGACGGACACCUUCACGCUCACUGUCCCAUAAUGCACUACAACAGAUGCGGGAAGGCUGCACCUGGAUGUCCGCCCACGUAGAUGGGGUCGUUGGUGUCGCAGGUGU